AUGGUUCCAGAGGAUAUUCUCGACAGUUGUCUCCAGAUUCUCCAAGAUCAGGCUCUCGACGAGGAGGAUCAGGCGGAGAAGGCCGAGGACUUUCUCCGCGAAAAGACCUCCUUGUCGGGCUCGUCCUUGGAGAAUGCCGUCCUCGACGUCCUUUGGCGCCAUCGAAAUCGCAACCUCCCCGAUUCCUCCCCUCCCCCCGCCCGCCAUACCGUCAUUCGUCGCUCCUCCCCCGCGCCAUGGCAAAUGGCGCGGUCGUCCACACCGCUAUCCCCUCAUUCCAACCUGGGGACCAGCCCCGGCAGCACCUCCUGGUUUCCGGGUUCGCGAGGCGGUCUUUCGUCACGACCCCCGAUGUCCUCGACGGUGUCGCCGUUCACGUCCCCGCGCCCGUCGCCCCGACUCGCUCUCGCGCAACCCAUCCCGCACUCCCCCAACCUGAACGCAUACGAAUUCUCCGAUCAGAGUCAAGUCUCCGAUUUCUACGGGGACUUUGGCAGCGAUAGCAAUAUAGAUUGGUUGGUGGCCGACGAUGCCAAUAGCACAACUUCGUCGCUGGGAACGGCCAGCUUAAAUGCGAGCUUGAGCGCGACCGCGCCCGAGUUCGUGCCGGAUAUGAGCCCUCAUGAUAUUCUGCGCACCGUCCUCGGCGACAAGAGAUCCAACGACGAGAUCGAGGCGGCUCUCGAGGCCAACAGCUAUGAUCUCGGGGCUACCAUCGCGUCGCUUUCGCAAGGUGCCGAUGGAGAUAGUCUGUCCGUUCAUGCGGAUGAUGGCCGUGUGGUGGUUGGAAAAUCGAUGUCCAUGGAUCCGCCCAAACCGCCGGCCUCCCCCAAUCCCCAUCGCAGCCCGGUAGUCUGUAAAUACUGGUUGUCGACCGGGCAAUGUCUCCGCGCGGACUGUCGGUUUAGCCAUGACUUGACGAAUCAUCUCUGCAAGUACUGGGUCAUGGGCAAUUGUCUUGCCGGUGACGGAUGCCCGUUCUCCCACGAUCCCUCGUCUCUGGCCGCAAGUAUUAGCAUUAGCGAUGGCACCCCCCAGACUUUAGGUGUGCCCCAAUUUUACUCGGAAAACUCACCGGAAGCCUUCCCUCCGUUGCAGGGCGGUGCAGCAGGUGGUGAUCAAUGGAUGGGCCACUUCAUGGGGAAAUACCCUGCCCAUCUGGGUUUCAUCGGACAUAAGAAUGGCCCGCAAGGGAUGCCGCUGGGGCCGGGCAAACGCAAUGGGAGUAUGCAGCACAUGUCUCGCCCUCACUCCCGGCCCGGCAGCCGACAUCAGCAUCGCGAGUCGAACCCGGCCGCUCUCUCGGUAGACGACCCAGAUGCGUUCCCUACGCUUGCUGCCGGCAGUGCGAAGAACAAGAAACAUAAUAAACGUAAUGCGCACAAAGAGAACGGCUCCAGCAAAGAGAACCUACCGACCUCUCUGGCCGACGUUGUGCGCAUGUCCCCGUCGCCGGCGCCCGGCAAAGGGAAGUCCUCGUCCAAGCACAAGGAUGGAUCCAAGGGCCGCGAAAACAGUGCCGCUGCGCAGUCUAUCCCGGCUCCCCAUAACAUUCCCUGGUUAGAGACGGGCUCGCGCGCCAAUCAACAAUAUAUCAAGUAUCGUACGGAGGCGAUUCGCCACGGGACCGUGCGAAACAAGUUUCUCCAGAGUGCCGCUCAAGCUUGGAACCGAAAUGAUGCGCGGGCGGCUAAAGCCCUGUCUCUGCGCGGUCAAGCCGAAAAUGAAGCCAUGCGCAAGUGUCACCGCGAAGCGGCACGGCAGUUGUACGAAGAGCGCAACAAGCACCUCAUGAGCAUCGGUCUGGAGGAUACAGCAGAAGAGCUCUACAUUGACCUACACGGGCUGCAUCCUGAAGAAGCGAUAGAAUAUCUGGAGAAGAUCCUCCUCAAACAUUCGCGCGAAGGCCGCCGGGUCGUGUACGCCAUCACCGGCACCGGCCACCACUCCAAGAAUGGCAAAGACAAGAUCGGCAAGGCAGUGAAGGCGUGGCUGAACGAGUGGAAGUACCUUUUCCGGGAGUUCAGCGUGCCCGGAGAACGAGGCGGAUACGUCGGAGGGAUCUUGGGAAUUGAUCCCACUAGCUACGACAAGGCACUUGCGCGCAGUCUCCAAGAGAGCACCGACGGAGCUGCCGACGCGGAUGGCCUGGCUAACCAACAGGCUCUCACGGGCAAGAUUCAACUGUUGAAGCGGGAAGACCUGGAAGUGAAGCAUGUGUAA